AGCGGGAAGCUACCGCCGUCCGGGCCGCUCUGGGAGAGGCGAGGCGAAGAGAGGCGGGGCGGGGCCGAGCGCAACGGGAAGGCGAAGCUGCGCGGGCCGGGAGCCGCGCUGCGCCAGCCGGGCUGCAGCUGCCGCGCACCAAGCGCUGAGAUGGGGCUGGAGACCGAGAAGGCGGAUGUCCAGCUCUUCAUGGACGAGGACUCCUACAGCCGCCACAGCAGCGUAGAUUACGCCAACCCCGAGAAGUUCGUGGAUCCAGGCAGCGACCGAGAUCCCCACCGGCUCAACUCGCAUCUCAAGGUGGGAUUCGAGGAUGUGAUUGCAGAGCCCGCGUCUACGCACUCUUCUGACAAAGUGUGGAUCUGCAGCCACGCUCUCUUUGAAAUCAGCAAAUACGUGAUCUACAAGUUCCUGACGGUGUUCCUGGCCAUUCCCUUGGCUUUCGCUGCGGGAAUUCUCUUUGCCAUCCUCAGCUGUCUGCACAUCUGAUGAGAAAACUGAUGUCCUUAAGUUGAAGAAUUUUCCCAAGAUCACAUGGGAGUCAAGAUCUGGGCCAAGAGAGUCUGACACCAGAGUUCAGGCUCUUAAUCACUACAGAGAUUAUCGGCUAUUUCUAGGAUGUGGGUAUGGCUGUUCUAAUGACUAAUUCUGCCUUCCGACCAAAAUCUUCUUUUUUAUUCAUUGUUCAGUCAUGUCACCUUUCCUGCUAUGAGAAGCACCUUUUUUCUUUCCUUUCUCCCAUAAAUGGAGUCAGUACAAAGUCCUCAGUGGUGGGAGCGCCCUACAACCUGGUAUCUGGGCUCCCUGUACCUUCCUCACUCUGCCCCCUUCUGAUCCCUGAGCCCUCCCCCAGCCCUAUUCUCUACUUUCCUGAGCACACCAUUUCCUUCCCUGUAUGAUCUGUGCCCUAGGCCCUAACACUCCAGCUAAUGUCAGAAAAAUAUCUUUCAGGAACUUCCCUGGCAGUCCAGUGGUUAAGACUUCGCCUUCCAAUGCAGGGGGUGUGGGUUCUAUCCCUGGUCAGGGAGCUAAAAUUUCACAUGCCCCAGGGCCAAAAAAACAAGACAUAAAACAGAAGCAAUAUUGUAACAAAUUCAAAUAAAGACUUUAAAAAUGAUCCACACCCAAAAAAAAAUCUUAAAAAAAAUUUUUUAAAAAUAAGAUUAUCUUUCACAUGCUAUUAUUCCCAUGUUUUAUAAAUUUCAUAAAAUUGUACUACCUUUAACAAAAACUUUCUUAUUAUGUAUCAGAAACACAAUGAUGAUCUUUCUCCUCAAUACUAAACACCUAGACAUGUAAAAUUUUAAUAAUUACAGUAAUAAUUUCUCGUUAGGCUAAGCAUAUACCUUUCGAGAUAGGGGCCAUAUUUCAUAUCUUCAUUUGGUUGGAAAUUUCUUAUCAGUUUGCACAGCUUUUAGUAUGUUAUCCAAUCCUAUUGUCAUUUAUUUUACCUUGAAAAUUCCAGGGAAAACCAUAUAUAAUUUUAUUUUCCUCCAAUAAGAUAAUUUGCUCACGAGAAAUUUUAAAAACAGAAAAACCAGAUUGGCGUAUACAAUCAUAUUAAUGGCUUGGUUGUAUAUUGUCAUACUGCUUUUCAAUAGGCUUGUACAAUUUACAAUUGCAAUAGCAGUGUAUGUGUCUCCACACAUUAUCAGCAUUCAUGUGUAUAUAUGUAUAUCAGUAAAAGUUACAUAUAUAUGUAAUUUUUACUAAGAUAUUAGGUGGUAUUAUAGAACAACAUUAUAGUAUUCCAUUUUGCACACAUAAAAUUUUAACAAACAUUUUUCUACAGUGAUAACUCAUAUUGUGAUCCCCACACUCAUUUUCCCCUAAUUUUUCAUUCACUUUAAUAUAGUAAUGCUGUCUGUGCUUUGCAAUAACAGUUAUGCUGAACACCUAUCAUAGGGCAUGGUGUUUAUAUUUCCCACUAUUGGCAAUGGCGAGCAGAGAUCCACCCACUCUUCUGCUCUUCCUUCCCUCUUUCUCCUCCUCUCUGCUCUCAUCCAGUCCAAUGAACUGAAUAUUUUAGAUGGCUUUGAAGGGUGAAGGCUUACAAUGUUUUGCUAUGAGACAAAGAAAAACUCAGUGGAUCACACAUGAUCUUGAUUUCUUUAGAACUCUGUCUUAAAUGAUCUCACAAAGUUUAAUAUUCUUUCUGAUUGAAACUUUGCAAAUAGUGCACCAAAAUAAAGAAAUCACCAAAUGAACAUGUCUGCAAAAACAAACAUUUUUUACAUACAUAUUUUCUCACAAAGCAGUUGUGGUAAACUAGUCAAUAUCAUAAUAGGGAGCCAUAUGGAAAAUGAGAAGUCAUCACACUGGAAUAUAUAAAAAGCGUAAGAUACAAGCAAGCCUUCCUUCCCAGUUUAGAUAUGACUGUGUUGAGGCAGUCACAGAAAUAGCACACAUUAUUUAGGGUUAGGUAAUAUAAACUAAAUGAAAUCUCCACAGAGUAUCUAGCAUAUUCGAUCAAUUUCAUGGUAGCCUCCGUGUGCAGGGGCCAUGAAGAGGGCGGAAGGGGUGAGGGAGGGCCAUGAUCAAAGCAUUGGAAAUAAAAUAUCAAAAAAAAAAUUUUAUCGUAUAGAAAAAACAAGUGAGCAAUCAACUGAAUUAUUUAUGUACAUUUUAUUUAGACAAGAGAAAGAUCUUAUGAAGAUUAUAAAUUUGAAAAUAGACCCCUGAAAAAGAGCCAGAGUUGUUGAUAUUAUGUAUUCUAAAGGUGAGUAAAGGGCCACAUAAAAGAUGAAAAAUAUUGUACAAAGAACGAUUUUAUUAAAACUAUUUUUUUUUCUGAGAGAGAGAAAGACUAAGUGGGGUCAUCUUAAGUGAUAAUUUUAUUAGAGUAGGCACAUGCAAAAAGAAUUGUGAUCUUAAAUAUACUGAACAAGAGGAAAUGGCAAAAAAGAUCAUAAACUACUUUUCAUGUUAGAACUUUUGGAAAGAUGAGACAGAUCAGAUGCAGGCAGUCUCUAUGCUGCAUGAUGAACUAGGGAUUCAUGUAAAGAUUUCCAUGAUUUCAUGAUUCUUAGAGUUGAAGAAAUAUUCAGAAUUGGAAAGGAAAAUCCUCCCAGUCUUAAAAUCUUCAAUGAAGUUGGCCCAGCAUGACACGCUUCUAGUGCAGGGUGGGUUUGGGCUACUUUGAAGCCCUCCCUAAGGCCAGUGCUGCCUCAGCUCUUGCCACAGCCAACACGUUUUGGGUGUGGCUAAUGGGAGAAUUUAAUACAGCUCAACUCCUUUCGUAGCAAACAAACAAAGCAAAAAAAGAAACCAACAACAACAAAAAC